AUGGCCGAGAAGAACGGCUCGACGGGCUAUGACCUCUUCGCGUGCGCGAACAACAUGUUCGAGACGACGUCGGCGCGCGCGGAGGCGAGCAUGGACCUGGACCUCGUGGGCGCGGAGCUGCUGGCGCGGCACAACAGCGCGGCCAUGGAGAGAAUGAUUGACCGUCGCGUCCAAGAGCAGUUGAAGGUCCUCAAGACCGAGCUCCGCGAGGAGCUCGCGCGGGGCGACGGCGCCGCGGCGCCGCGGCGCGCGUCCCGGCGCGAGAGCAACGCGGGCCGCCUGUCGCUCUCGGGGCGCAUCAUGGGCACCGGCAACACAAUCGGCGGCGCCGACGACGCGCGGGACUGCCUCUUCGACAAGGCGAGCGAGUCCUACUACUUCCGCGUGCAGACGAUGGUGCUCUUCAACGAGCCGUCGCCGCGGCUCGCGCUCCACGUUGUCGUCGUCGUCGUCGCGAUGAUGCUCCAGCUCUUCGCGCUGUCGACGGUCUGGCAGACCAUUUGGUUCCCCGUCGACGUGGCGCGCUGGGGCGUCGACGACCAGGCGGAGCUCGAGUACUUCCCGAGCGGGCUCCCGCGGCCGACGAACUACGCGAAGCUGCUCGAGUUCUACAACGACACGAACCUGUUCGGCGUCCCGCUCAUCACCAUGGCGCCCCUGGCCUUUUGCGCCGUGCUGAUCACGCUCGGCACGCGGUCCGAGUUCGCGCAGUGCAAGGCGGGCUACUGCCUCGUGCGCCGCAGCGCGGCCGAGGCCGAGGGCCUCGCGACGGGCGCCGCGCGCGCGCGGCGCUGGUGCCGCCUCGCGGUCUGCGGCUUCCUCUCGUUCCAGCGCGUGUCGCUCGUGCUCUACUACGUCGACGUGUCGUCGCAGAUGAUGGGCACGGCCGACGGGUCGCGGCGCCGCUUGAAAACUAUACCAAUGCUCUUUGGUACAGUUUCGCACUGA